UUGUACCAUGUUAAGUUUGUUUAGAUGAAAUGGCUGCCAAUGUCGCUCAUUACACAGCGACCAUAGAGACAGAACCGUCAAUUUUUGAGGUUAUCGCCCAACAGUCUCUGAACAGUCUUCUUCACCCAGCAUUUCAUAAGUUUACUAGAUUUUUAGCACAAGUGAAUGCAAAUAGAUUCUCUUGGCUGGUUCAAUACAGCGAUGAAGUCUUCCUAGUGUUAAAUGGGCUUCUGCAAUCCCAUUACUUACGCACAACUGGUGCUUCUUUUGCCGAGUACUUCUACGGACUGCAACGUGUCACUUCAUCAAACCAGCCACUAACAGAAGCUCACUACAAACUCUCACUCAUUUUCCUGGUCGUGCUACCAUACCUUAAGAUAAAGAUAGAUGAACAAAUUCAGUUGUACAGGGUGGAGAAUGCGGAAAGCUACUUGCACAUUGGUUUGUGUAAACGGGCAUCUAUAUUUGCACAUUCUUUCUUUCAUGUGUCAUAUGGUUUUUGGACUUUUGUACAAUACCUCCGUUAUCUAUCGAACACCAGCUGCCAUCAGACACCUCCGCUUCAGCUAAUGCAACUGAAACUGGUGUACCUUGCAACACCCGAGUUUAUGCCUUCCUUCUGGACUGCCUUAUUUAGAGGACAAUUGAGCUUUACAGAUUUGCGUGCAGGUUUGUUGCAAAACCUUUUGGAAAUCUCUGCCUUUUUUAUGCAAUUUUUGCAAGUAUGGAACACAGAGAGAGCAAAUUACAGCUUCACCAGCUUGCCAACGGUACCACCCCCACCUCUGGAUUCGAAAGCAGGUGCUUUUAAGGGAAGAUGCCCCAUUUGCUUACAGUCAUAUAAGAUUCCAACUGUUCUGCCAGUUUCUGGGUACGUGUUUUGCUUUCCAUGCAUUGUUCGCCAUCUUCAGAGGGACACCCGGUGUCCUGUUACUCGCUGGCCUGCUAAAUCAUUGGAUGUCAUCAGACUUUAUGAUUCUGUUUAGUUCUAAGAAAAUGUGUUUCACAGGAAUUGAAGCCUGGUUCUGUUGCGUUUAAUGGGUAUUAUUAGAACUAAAUUCAUUAUAAUUAAACAGUAUUUUUAAUACUAGA